CACUUCACUGAGAAAAUGGUGUUGUCUGAUUUGGAGAUCUGCAAGCCAACCUCAACUUCUCACCAUGAAGUUGGUGUUUCUAGAUCUGAGAGAGACCUGCCACCAGCUCAUUACUUGUUCAAAAUUGAAUCAUAUUCCGAAUUAAUGAACACAGAAGUGGAGAAGUAUGAAACUAAUGUUUUCGAAGCUGGGGGAUACAAAUGGAAAUUGAUACUUUAUCCAAAUGGUAAUAUCAAAAGCAAUGGCAGUGGUUACGUCUCCUUAUACUUGGCAAUAGCAGAUACCCAAAAGUUUUCUAAUGGCUGGGAGGUUAACGUAAACUUCAAGUUGUUCGUCUUUGAUAAGAAAAAUGACAAUUAUUUAACUAUCCAAGAUGCUGAUGGCACUGUAAGAAAGUUUCAUGAAAAGAAAACAGUGUGGGGUUUUGACCAAUUAAUUUCGUUGGAGACCCUCCUUGAUUCAUCUAAAGGAUACCUUGUUGAAGAUUCAUGUUUUUUUGGAGCUGAGGUAUUUGUGAUUAGCCAAUCUGGCAAAUGGGAAAGUCUUUCUAUGGUCAAAGAACCUGCUCAUGGCACCUUCACUUGGAAAAUUGAGAAUUUCUCAACAUUGAAUGAGACUUCUCACCUCUCCAAAUCCUUUACUGUGGGUGCUAGAGACUGGAAAUUGAGGGUUUAUCCCAAAGGAGACUCACAGGAGAGAGGCAAAUAUCUAUCUGUUUUCCUAAAGCUCACAGAUUGUGAAAAGUUCCCACCAAACAGAACAGUGUAUGCAAAAUUCAAGUUUGGAAUUUUAGACCAGCUCAGGAAUAAAUAUCUUGAAAAAAACAGCACACCACUGGUUUAAUAGUAAUGAAUGGGGAGAUCACAGGUUCAUAACUCUGAGUGAACUCUAUAAAGCAGCAAGAGGAUAUAUUAGAGAUGACAAUAUAAUUAUAG